AUUUUCUUUUUUAAUCUUUUGCAUGGUCUAAUUCAUGUGUCUUUACUUUCAAAUUUAUGUACUUUAAUUUCUGUUGAAUUGGGUUAUUGGGAUUUAUCUCUUGUUUAUUGAUGAUGAUGUCUGAGUAUGUAUGAUUUGACUUUAAUUUUAGGGCCUUAUAUGUUUUUUUUUUUUUUUUUGCUGAGGGAGAUUUGUUGAGGGGUUGUAAUGCUUUGUGGUUUAUAGUUUGUUGAUGGGUUUUUAUUCUGAGGUUGAAUUGUGAUGUUAGGUUGAGAUUUCUUGUGUUUAUUCUAUAAAUUGAGGAUUGAUGGGAAUAUAAGAGAGUAAAGCUGGGAGUGAAAGUAUGAAUAAAUUAGUUGCUGGCAAAAUUUGAUGCUAAUGGCACUCUUCAUUCCAAUAUGAAAUACUCAAAUGCCUGAAUAUGGUCUAUGUAGAUUGAAAUCCUUUGAAAAAUUGAAAAAGUAGGUUUCUUUGUUGGAUCCACAGCGAAUUCCGCCAUGCCAAGUCGUUAUGCUUGCUGCCUUGCUGAUUCUCACCUAUAAAUCUGCUCGGAUCGCUAUUUUUAUGUUGUUUAGUUGGGAAUGCGUAUGUGUAAUAGGGUGGUGAUGUAAUUAAGACUGGAGAGUGAAGGCUUUAGUGAUAUAACAUGCCGAGCAAGAUUGGGUUUUUGUAUUGUUCCAUUCCAUGGAAGAUUCUAGUUUUACUGCGAGAUGGAAGGAAACUUUUAGGGACGCUUUGUUCAUUUGAUCAAUUCGCGAAUGCUGUUCUUGAAGGUGCAUGUGAAAGAGUCAUCGUUGGUGACCUUUAUUGUGACAUCCCAUUAGGUUUAUACGUAAUCCGUGGGGAAAAUGUGGUAUUGAUUGGUGAAUUGGAUUCAGAGAAAGAGGAUCUCCCCCCUCAUAUGACACGUGUAUCAGUCGCUGAGAUAAGAAAGGCACAAAAAGCAGAGAGGGAUGCAUCCGAUCUUAAAGGGUUGAUAAGAAAGAGAAUGGAGUUCCUCGAUAUGGACUGAAACACUUGCAUUAUACUGGUGUUCAGAGAAUGGUUUUCCUUGUCAACGCGAUGCACAUCAUCUGCUAGUCGUUCUGAAUUUUCUAAAGAACGAGAUAUUGCAAUGUAUGUGACCGGGUAUUAUCGAGCAUUAUUAUUAAGAAAUACUUACUAGUUUGUAGUUUUUUCUUCCUGCUUGAAAUUUUUAGUUGUUAAUUUUCACCAUGCUGAUUAGUGUCUCAACUCAGUGCUUAUUUGCUGAUCAAUUAUACAAGAUCAUGUAGAAUUGACUACAUUUAGUUCAUGGGUAUUUAUAUGUUCCUAGAUGACAUUCCUGUAAUUUAAGCUCCUCUUUUUUCUUUUCUGACCCCAUCUUUUGGGAUUAAGGCUUUUGACAUUGUUCA